GGUCUGGACGAAGGCUACUGAGAGUCAUAAAGGUUGUGUAGAAGCUAAGCCAGUACAAGAUAGCCAUCGCCGCAUAUAUUGUAGCCGAAGCCGGAAGGAUACCUGACGACAGAGGUCGUACUUAGUCCGUAUGCAGCCUCACCUCACCAGAUGGCUAGCUGAUUGCAACCCGUCAGUGUCGUCAAGUAAACGCAUUGUUCACUGACCCUGUCAUUUGCCACGCAGUACUAUCUCUUCCGCUGAAAGCGAUCAGCGCCGAUGAGCUUGAUUUAGAGUCUUCCACUUUUGCCACAAUGUAAGCUAUCCACCACAACUACGAGCAGUGAGUCGCACAACGUCAGCGCCGAGUGCUACCUCGUCGCAUCGAGGUCCUCUCGCGCUCUGGUGGCGAAGCGAUGUACACCGGCUCCAUGGAGACAGAAAGUGUAAUGGUGAAGAUGGGCAGUGGCAGGGACCAAAUACAACGGAUCGCAGGCUCUGUCCACGCAGCUUCUUUGUCGCUUGAGGGUCGAUCACGCCGAUGCUCGCGCUUUGGUGAGGGCGGUGGACUGUCCAUAGUAGACGGUUAUGUCCAUGCUGGUUUGGGCCUUCCCAUUGCGGGCCAUGUAGAGGUCUGGAAUCCUCCUAUUUUGAUGGCGUCGGAUGCUGCAAGGCUUCAAGCAUUCGCAUGCAGGGCUAUGCUUUUCAUACGAUUUCAGCCUUGUCGCUUCGACUGCAGCCUUGCCGGUCCUGGUGGAAUGCUCGUCUGCAAUUGCACACUCUUAAUGUCCGCCAUUACGAGAGGGGUCUGCGCAGCCAUAGCUACUGUAACUCUUGUUCCAUUUCCGGCGGCGCAGGGCGAGGCAGCCAAUGUAUUGCCAGCAAUUCCACUAGCGACAGUGUAUAGUCGAGAGACAAACAGGCGAUGUUGCAACGAGGAUGUGAGCAAUCUUAUCGCUGUCACGAAAGGCAGGCUAUCAUGUGAAUGAUAGACACAAGGCCCGAGGCCUUAGC